UGUAGAUGCAAAAUGAAAGGAAAUUUGUGGACUUUUUUCUAAUGCUCACAUAAUUUUCUUCAGCCAAAAUAUUGCCAAAUUUUAUUUCAAUUCAGAAGUCACGCCUGUAACCCAAAGUCUCUCUCUUUCCCUUUUGGUAGUGCGCUCUAUCGCGCUGGCUCGGGAUUUAGCUCUGUAAAAGCGAUGCCCUUGGUUCAGCUGUGGGCCAGCCUGCUAUGUGGAAGGGUGACGAGCUGUGUCCCAUUAACUUAUUAGCAACCAGUAAUUGUAGGAUCAGGUAGGCAUUGUGAGCUGCUGGGGAGAGAAGCCCGCAUGCAGCCCCUCGGCUUGCGCCCUGCUUCACUCCCUGCCGGGAGCGGGGCCGAGCGCCCGCAGGAGACCCGCGGUGAGAGGAGUUCUCCUUGCGUCCCGCUGGCUCCUGCGUGUCCUGGGGCAGCCCGUGCUGCCCUGUCUCCAUGCCGCUUUGGCGAUGUCUCGCGAGGACCCGUGGCGGGCGGCGAAGAUGAUCAAGGGCUACAUGCAGCAGCACAACAUCCCGCAGCGGGAGGUGGUGGACGUCACCGGCCUCAACCAGUCGCACCUCUCGCAGCACCUCAACAAGGGCACCCCCAUGAAGACGCAGAAGAGGGCCGCCCUCUACACGUGGUACGUCCGCAAGCAGCGGGAGAUCCUGCGGCAGUUCAACCAGACAGUCCAGGGUUGUGGAAAUAGGACAGACAAAAGCAGUCAGGAUCAGCUGCUGUUUCUCUUUCCAGAGUUCAAUCAGCAGAACCAGGGGGCUGGCCAGCUCGACGAUGCCUGCUCCGAAACCCCCAGCAAGAAGAUGCGCCGCAAUCGCUUCAAGUGGGGGCCGGCCUCCCAGCAAAUCUUGUACCAAGCCUACGACCGCCAAAAGAACCCCAGCAAGGAGGAGCGAGAGGCGCUGGUGGAGGAGUGCAACAGGGCCGAGUGUCUGCAGCGAGGGGUGUCUCCCUCCAAGGCGCACGGGCUCGGCUCCAACCUGGUGACGGAGGUGCGCGUCUACAACUGGUUCGCCAACCGGCGGAAGGAGGAGGCUUUCCGCCAGAAGCUGGCCAUGGACGCCUACAGCUCGGGCCAGCCCCCGCACAGCAUGAACCUGCUGCUGUCCCACGGCUCCCCCCACCACAACCAGCCCAGCGCCUCGCCCCCCAGCAAGAUGCCAGGGGUCCGGUACAGCCAGGCGGCGAGCGGCGAGGCGGCGUCCUCCGGGGCCAUCAGCCACCACGGCAGCGGUGCCAUGGUCACCACCAGCCAGGCGGUCCUGCAGCAGGUCUCCCCGGCCGGCUUGGACCCAGGCCACGGUUUGCUCUCUCCCGAUGGUAAAAUGAUCUCCGUGUCGGGCGGCGGGCUGCCCCCGGUGAGCACCCUGACCAACAUCCACAGCCUGUCCCACCACAACGCGCAGCAGUCCCAGAACCUCAUCAUGACGCCGCUCUCGGGAGUCAUGGCCAUCGCACAGAGUAAGCACACACCCGGGACCCCUCCGGACCCCUCCUGCGGCGCGCUGGGGACCCCGGCGCUGACUGUCCCCGCUCUCUCCCUCCUCCCAGGUCUGAACACCUCGCAGGCGCAGAGCGUCCCGGUCAUCAACAGCGUGGCCGGCAGCUUGGCGGCCCUGCAGCCGGUCCAGUUCUCCCAGCAGCUGCACAGCCCGCACCAGCAGCCGCUCAUGCAGCAGUCGCCCAGCCACAUGGCCCAGCAGCCCUUCAUGGCCACCGUCACCCAGCUGCCCAACUCGCACAUGUAUGCACACAAGCAGGAGCCUCCCCAGUAUUCCCACACCUCCCGCUUCCCCUCGGCGAUGGUGGUGACGGACACCAGCAGCAUCAGCACGCUCACCAACAUGUCUUCCAGUAAGCAGUGUCCCCUGCAAGCCUGGUGAUGCUCCACACCUCGCUGCCUUUGCACAUAGCAACGGGAACUUUAUUUUCCACAACAUCCCGCGGGCGACCCGCGCGCUGAGCCGCAGCGAAGCCCAGCGCCGCAGCGAGGAGCCCACUUCCCCGACACGGAGCCGGAGGCUCAGCACCCCGCCGGGACCGGCCCGAGCCUGAACCGCGGGCGCCUGCCCAGGGACCGCGCCUCUCCUCCCCUCCGCGCAGUAUUUCCGAGAUGUGUCUUGAGGAUUUUUUAUUUUUUUUUUUCUUAAGUAUUUGCCUUCCAAGAGGCCGUUGGCUCUCCCGAGGAAAUAGGAACGAGCUGUCCUGAGAGGUGGCAGCAGGGGAAGACGGACCGUAUUUAAGUUACACUCCUCUGCCCGACGGACUGAGAGGGACUUGGGUCUGUUACUUGGCGCUCGGAAGGAGGAAUCGCAUGAGCUGUUGAACUGAGCCAGUUAAACUGUAAAUAUAGGUACAGUCUGCUCCAUCCUCACCUGUCCCCACUCCUAUACAUAAAGAUUUAUAUAAAAGAAGUAAAUUUUGUCCAAUGGAUGUAAACUACUGUAAUUAAGUGCAAUUCCCCCAUCUGUAUAUAUUGUUCCUGAAUCUCCUCUCUCUCCCCUUUUUUUUUUUUUUUUGGUAAAGGUCAGAGCUGAGUAUGCUGUCGGUUUUGUAUUUCCCUUCUUCCUUUAAAUGAGCCAGCCCACGAGGAAAGCCCUGUGCCUAUGCGAGGACGCCGGUCCGGCAGCACCGCUCCCUGCCCUGCGGAGGGACGGGCACACACACGUGUGUCCCCCCCCAGCAGGGUGCCGGUGCCGUGCCGAGCAGAGCCCCGGCAGCUGGCUGCUGACCGCCAGAGCCUGGGCAACCCUGAGAGCUCGGGGGCUGCCUGUGUUGGGGGGCGCAGAGGUGGGCUGCCGUGGGGUGGAGAAGCGCUCAGCAGCCCCAGCCACACAGACACGCUGCCGGAAAGCUCAGAGCACCGGCAGCUUCCAGAGGAGCCCGUAGCUCUUGUGCUGUGCAAGGGGAUGUGGCUGCAGGAGGUGCUGGUGGGAUCGUCCUCAGAUGGGGUUUGGAAACCCUCUGCCUUUCCUCCUCUCCAUGGGACGCAGCUGGUGCCCAGUCACUGUCUCGUCUCCUGCCCAGAAACCAGCCAGUAUAGGUGCCUUAUUUUCCGCUGCUGCUGACGAGCCUGGCUGGCUCCCCCCUCAGCAAUAACCACGGUGCUCUCACCGUGGCAGCGUCGCCGCCGAGAGGUGCUGCAGAAGCAGCCUGGACGAGCCCUGAAUUCCCGCAGACCCAAAUUCCUCCCUGCUCGCUCCGGGAUGAGGGCACGGGAUGUUUCCUACACCCCAGCAGCCUCAAACCACCAGUGCCAGAGCUGCCUCUCCCCUGCCUGCGGUGGCUCCCAGAGGACAGGCUUCGAAGCACGAUCCCCAGCUUGUGGAUCAGCCCAACUCCACGGCGAGGGCACGUCCCAGCUCCGCAGCCGCUGGUGUGGUUUAGGUGCCCAACUUUCCAGAACUGUGGAAGCUGCACACGGCAUCGUCUCACUUCCCGUGGGACAGAAGCUCCUCCGUGCACACACCCCUUCGGAAAUGGAUCUAAUGCUCCCAAGUUGUUCAUUUUUUUCUUAAACUUUGCCAUGUGUGCCAACUGCUGAGGGUGCUUUAGAGAGGUGAAGGGCAGUGGAAGUGCCUGUGGACGGACGACCACUGCUCAGAAAAACACUGGACGCUUUAUUUGGGGCACGAAAGACUUUUACUGUGUGUCUGUACAAUCUCUGGCAUGGUGGGACCCUUGCUGGGACUGAUGGGAGCUGCCCUACGGUGAAUAAGUCAUCACGAAUUGGAGACCAAUAUUCAGAAUGACGUCUAAUUUAAUGUAUACCAUAAUUAAACACCAUUUCUUCCUACUCGUUGCUGCUGUGUGAUCUGUGAAUCCUGCCGCAGCGGGAGGUGCUGCUGGGGUGGGCAGGGGGCAGCGGGGCCUUGGG